AGAGCAAGUCUGGAGUUGGCUCCAACACGCUGGGUGAGAGUGAGGAAGUGUGUAGAAUGUACAGCGUUGAGUGAGGAAUAGUCUAGAAUGUUCUCGUGGCUUCCUUCUUGCUCCUCCUCUUGGUUUGCGUGCGUGUCGGCGUGCUCGCCAGCCCGGCUCAGUGAGAGCGGGCGCCGCCGGCUGCUCUGGCCGGAAAUGAAGCGUCUUUGUCGGCGGCUGGCGGUGGCCGUGGCGGUGCUCGUGUGGCUCGGAGCGCUUGUCUACCUGCUGGUGCUUAGCCGAAGGCGGCUGCCCGAACUUGGCGUGGCAACCGGGGAAGCUGUCGGUGCGCGUCUUGUCGCUGGUCCUGGCCCGGCUGUCGGGUUCGACAAACAGAUAUCCGACGCGGAGUGGGAAGACAUGUUGGACCGCUUUGACGAGCGAAGUUACCUGAGCGCCCGACGCUGGAGGCCUGGCGACGACCCUUACACACUGUAUGCCUUCAACCAGAGGGAGAGUGAACGCAUUCCCAGCAACCGAGCUCUGAGGGACACGAGACACCUCAGGUGCGCCGGCCUCCGCUACAGCGCCGACCUUCCUCCUACUUCCAUCAUUAUCACCUUCCAUAACGAGGCCCGCUCCACCCUGCUUCGCACUGUCAGGAGUGUUUUAAACAGAACUCCUGUUCAUCUCAUCCAUGAGAUCAUCUUGGUGGACGACUUCAGCCCUGACGGAAGUGACUGCCAGCUUCUCACCAAACUGCCCAAAGUCAAAUGUCUGCACAACAGCAAGAGAGAAGGUCUGAUCCGGUCCAGAGUGCGCGGCGCUGAUGCUGCCGGGGGGACCGUCCUCACCUUCCUGGACAGUCACUGUGAGGUCAACAAGGACUGGCUGCCGCCCCUCCUGCAGAGGAUCAAACAGGACCCAACAAGAGUUGUCAGCCCCGUCAUCGACAUCAUCAAUAUGGACACUUUCGCCUACGUGGCCGCCUCCUCUGACCUGCGAGGAGGUUUUGAUUGGAGUCUGCAUUUUAAGUGGGAGGGGCUUUCACCUGAGGAGAGAGCACAUCGGACCGACCCCACCCAGCCAAUCAAGACGCCCAUCAUCGCCGGCGGCCUCUUUGUGAUUGACAGCUCGUGGUUCGAUCACUUGGGCAAGUAUGACACAGCCAUGGACAUCUGGGGCGGAGAGAACUUUGAGAUCUCCUUCCGGGUGUGGCAGUGCGGAGGAAGCUUGGAGAUCAUUCCGUGCAGUCGAGUGGGUCACGUCUUUAGGAAGAAACAUCCGUACGUCUUCCCUGAGGGCAACGCCAACACCUAUAUCAAGAACACACGUCGCACAGCCGAAGUGUGGAUGGACGACUUUCGCCUCUUCUACUACUCGGCUCGGCCUGCUGCGCGAGGAAAAUCAUACGGAGACAGCAUCCGAGGACGCGUGGAGCUGAGACGCAAGCUCAAAUGCAAAUCUUUCAAGUGGUACCUGGACCAUGUCUACCCAGAACUCAAAGUCCCUGACGAUUCUGACUCGCAGUCCGGGCUGAUCCGACAGAGGCACAACUGCUUGGAGUCUCGUAGCGUGGACGGCCAGGAGGUGCCGGUGCUCAUGUUGGCGCCCUGUGUGAAUCCAGACGGGGUCCAUGCCCCUAACCAGGAGUGGAUGUACACACCAGGCCAGCAGAUACGACAACAACACCACUGUGUAUCCGUCACCACCACCUUCCCCGCCUCACAACUGCUGCUGCUGCCCUGCAACAUGGCCGACGGCAAGCAGUUCAUCCAUCCAUCCAUUUUCUACCGCUUGUCCUUUACGGGGUCCAGGGGGGUGCUGGAGCCUAUCUCAGCUGCACACGUGUUGGCCCUGCGAUGAGGUGGCGACUUGUCCAGGGUGUACCCCGCCUCAAACAUUUCAAAAACAAAACAUCACUUUUUACAGCUGAUGCGCCUGAAGUCAGUCAAGGCAAGCCCUGUCCUCUGUGUUAUCCAUUACUAAACUAAUCAUACUGCAUGUCUCCACUAGAGGAAGCCCUGUCUGAAAGCCGUGCUGUGGUAAGCAGCAAAUAUGGCGAUGUCGACAAGUCAAGAUGAUAUUUUAGUGUAUGUGCUGUUGUGGGAAAGACCAUCAUAGUGACAGCAGUGCAUGCUGGGAUGCGAACUGCAGCCAGAAACACUGAAUUCACUCGCUUUCGGAUAUCUCGCCAUCUUAAUAAAACCCAAUGUGGUGAGCGCUGUGUCGAGCACGAGGCCGGAACAAUGUUAUCCACAUCGAAAUACAACACAGCGAUACGCUUCAAAGGCUCUACAACAUUAAAAAACAUGGCCGUCGCGUGUUAACUGAUGAAAAGAUACAUGCUCGCAGAUGUUGUGUCACAUGAUUGAACAUGGCAUGCUCUGAUUCUGUUUGCUUCGUUUAGUUUUAUCUGGACCACCAACAACAAACGCACACACGCACACGCACGCACACACACACACACACACAGCUGGUUAAAAACCACUUUUCAUGUCUGAUCUAAUCUGAUGCCUUGUUUUCCAGCUAUGAACAAUGCUCACAUGCAUACACACAAACACACACACACACACCCACACACACACACACACACACACACACGCACACACACUACACUUCCUAUCUCACUGAGCAUGCCGCCAUCUUGUGGUCACAUAUGCAAAUUUGCAGGAUUUGUGUUUUCAUUUUAUCUUAGUUUUUUUUAAAUUCUAUAUUUAUAUAUAAUUUCGUUUUUAAAAAUUAUAUUUUAAAAAGUUUUAAACUAAAAGUAAAAAUACGUGGUAUUGGGGAAAGCAGUAGCUUUAUAUACAGAUGGCCUAUUUUAUGCUGCCCUUUUUUUUUGCUGCAGCUGUUACAUAUACUGUAAUAUUGUGGUAAUUGGGAUUUGUUAUAUAUUAUAUAAAAAUACAAUAUAGCAGUAUAUAUUAUAUACUGUAUAUAUAAUAUGUAAAUAUGACAUAUAUGUUAUAUUUCGACUAUGGUACAUUAUUUGUCUACUUAAUACCUGCAUUAUCCUUUCCAUCCUUUGAAACUGAGCUACUUAGUGUGUGGAACAAUUUCUCUUGUGGAUCAAUAAAGUUUGUCUAAAUCUAUGUUAAUGUGCAAAAACAAUUGGCAGAUUGUCUACUGUAAAAAGAAAUGUACAAUAUUACUUUAAAAAUCCUAAAUCAAGGUUGGCUUAUUUCAAUUCAAUUUAGUGUGUUUUUAAUAAUCUCAAAAUUAAAAUCAUAAUUUUGUUUGGACACUAUGGCUCGACCCACACAGGAAGUAUGUGUGGCGUGGCGUGUAAUUGUCGGUGUGUCCCUCAGCGUUGGCAAAAGUCUGGCACUCACCUGGAGCACCAGGCGUCUCGUUUCUGCCUGGACUCUGCUAUGGCGCUGGACGGGCUGGACUCGUCCCGCAUGCUGGUCAUCAGCCCGUGUGAGCUGAGCGCCGCCACGCAGAGAUGGGACGUGCCU